CCCUUAACCAAAAACUCAAAUAAUAUAAAAUUAGACCGUCUUAUUAAAUUCUUAAUGACUUACUUAAAUAUUCAUUAAUUUAUUAACGAAAAAACAUCUAAUAAACGCAAAAAUGCAGUAACGGCAAACGAUGUAAUUAAGAUAAUUAAUAAAAAACCUGCUUAUCAAAAAUUUGCUAUCAUUUAUCAAUUAGGAGUACAAAGGUUUAUAAACUAUUAUUUGUACAUCAUCACCAAUAUAAAUAGCUAGUGAAUAAUUGCGAAAGUAUCAGUCUCACUCCAGCAGUCGAGAAAACCACUAGCACCAUGUUCACCAAAGCGUUGAUCGUCUGCGCCAUCGCCGCCGUGGCCCUCGCCAACGACUUCCCCCACGGCAUCCACCCGGCCAUCUGCCCGAACUACCCGCUCUGUGACGCGGGAGUGCUCGCCCGCCACACGCUGGACGGCAUGCCCAUCCCUGACUGGGAGCUGCCGCUUGCCCGUUCGGCGGCUGCGGCGAUGGGUACUGUUGAAGCUCCGCGGUACCCCGCCGACUUCGACCCCGCCCUGUGCCCCAACUACCCGUACUGCUUCUAAAGCUACUGUGACGUCGUGCAUCUAAUUUUAGAUGUAAAUUAGUUCAAAAACUAACUUUUCGUAUGUGUGGGGUCUAAAAUUGGGUUCAAAUCCCGGUCGUGCCAUACAGAGCAGAAAUCGGUACACGGCGGGAAGUUGAUAACUCGAGAUAUAAAAUUGAAGUAAUUUGAACUUAAAAUAGAACGGCAUAAGGUUCAAAUAUCUUCAUUUUUUUUCUCUCGAGUUAUCAACUUCCCGCUGUGCACGGAAAUUAUUCUAGAAGCAAAAAUAUGACUUUUAAAAUUUGGUUAGUACCUACCUUUAUCUUUAUCAUACACAUACGAGAAGUUAAAGUUGCUUUUGAUAUUUUCUUAUGAAAACAAUAAAAACGAAAAGAGCAUAGUA